GUCAGGAUAUUGGAUAUUGGAUAUUGGAAGUUCAUGGUCACUUCAAAACCAGGGUGAAACAGCAAACAAACCCCGGUUUGGUUUAAGAUACAUUGGAUAUUGGAUGUAGGUGCGUUAAAAAUGAAGUAGUCGCUACCCUCACGGUAUUUUUGUUCCAUUUUGGUAUGUUUCGAUUAACAGCCCUAGCUUUCUAUAAUACUGAAUUGAAUCUCGCUAAUUCUGAGAUAACUUUAGCAUUCUAUAAUAAAUGAAUCUGCAUUACUAUAAUACUGUUCUCGUUCUUCUGGUAAAUGUACUUAUCUUUGGGUCUGCAUCAUUCAACAGUGAACACUACAAUCAAGCCUCAUUUCGUACUAAAAGAGAGAUUCAAUUCAAUGAAAUAUCUAGAAUUCUGAAAGAAGUGCCCGCAUUUCAGCACGAUGCUAUUGCUGGGCGAAUCUUCGAUACUAUAAUUGCUCUUCUUCGAGACUCAUAUAACAUACUACGUUUAAAGGAUGUCCACUCAGAGACUAAAGAUGACACUGUAGGACAAACAUUUGCAUUGACAUUUGAAAAUACUGCUGUAUUAUGUGAUCUUAUCCUACGCUUUCCGGAUUCCUUUCAUUCUAAAUAUGAUAAUAAUGAUGAUGUAUCAAAUUUAUUAAAAUGGUCAUUUAAUCUAUUGCGUGAAUCAAAACUGAUGACCAAAUCAGAUGAAAAUAUAUUACAUCUAACUGAACAAGAAUUGAAUUUUAUUCCACGCGAAGAAAAUUAUGUGAAUGAGUUUAGUUCACAUCAGAAAAUGAUCAAAGAGAAACUGGAAGCUGAUGCAGCUCGUAAAGCGUCCAAACGUCAUAAACGUGCCAAGAAGCCCAGAAUCACACCGGUUCGAAGUGAACUUUAGAUAGUACUUAUAAUGACAACCAGUUUAUAAUGAAAUGUUUUGUUUUUGUAAAAUAUUUUGUCUAUCUUUAUGUAUGUGAUAGGUUCUUGUUUCUUUGGAUUCUUUGGAGUGUGUGUGUAUACGUGAUAAUGAAAUUUCCGAUUGAAUUUUAUACUUUUAUUACCAAUGGAUUGUAUUAAUUUUUCAAAAAAAGAAAUUAAUACUAGAUGUAUUUGUUUUGUACGAUUUCAUGACUGUAAUCAUGCUGUUUUGUCUUCUGUACAUCUGUAAUUAUUGUUAUUAUUAUUAUUAAAGCACAAA